CGUUUUCUUCACAAAAAUAUUACAUCGGUGUUAACACUUAAACAAAUCAGUUGUACACAGAGCAUAUGUACAACAAGUAAUUUCCUCGGUGUGUAGGUACAUCCGCCGUAUUAUAUGAUGAAUAAGAGGAAGCCUAAUAUAAUUAAUUUAUACGGAGACAACAUUGCACUGAUUUGUUUUCUUUGAAUUUCCAUCGACAUUAGUCUGACGUAAUAUACACAGAAUGGGCGUGAUCAUUGCCUGCCUUGUAUUUGCUUUGGUAUGUUUUGACAGUUUAAUCCCAUCUGAAACGACUUCAGUCCGACAUACUGAUGUGAUUGUCGUUGGUGCCACUGGGGACCUUGCCCAAAAAUAUCUCUGGGGAGGGUUUUUCCAUCUGUUUUUAAAACGUGUCGGUGAAGGACAUUCGUUCACGAUUUACGCGGUUGGGAGAUCGCCACCUGAACACGCAAAUCCGAUACUCGACGGGAUACUAAAGGAAAAAACAAAAUGUCCACUCGACAUGACAGUAGAUCAUUGUAUUGAAAUGAAAAAUAAAUUUCACAAAGCAACGUCAUACUCCAUGUUAAAAACUAAUGAGCAUUAUUUUGAGUUUUGUUCAGCCGUUCAUGACAGAAGAAGAACCAGUGGGCGGAUGGACGGAGAAAUCAUAUUCUACUUGUCGGUACCAUCAAGUUCUUACAUUGCAAUCACUCAGCUUAUCAAUAAACACUGUAGACUUCAUAGCGGCAAAAUAAAAGUCCGGAUAGUUCUGGAGAAACCGUUUGGAAACAAUAAAGAAUCUGCUAAAAUGAUGGACAGUGCUCUGGGUGAAGUUUUUACCGAGGAGGAAAUAUACAGAGUGGAUCACUAUCUAGGAAAAACAAUUGUCCGAGAAAUAUUAACAUUCAGGUUCUUGAAUAGACGCAUAGAAGACAAACUGAAUAAAGAUGAUGUGCAGAGGGUGGAGAUCUUCAUGAAGGAAACUGUUGGAGUUAAAGGUAGAAUAGAUUUCUUCGACCAGACUGGGAUACUGCGAGAUGUCUUUCAAAAUCAUCUCACUGAACUCUUGACGUUGGUUGCCAUGGAUUUACCACAGAACCUAUCAUCACCAGAAGACGUUAAGGCUUACAAGUUGAACCUUCUUCGUAGCGUCAGACCAGCCACACGAUCAUCAGUCUUGACCGGUCAAUACUCAGACUACCUGACUGAAGUGAAAAACGAACUGAGCGAUACGACGAAUUCCACCUUCACCCCAACAUUUGCAGUGGCCAUGUUGCAUAUUAAUUCACCGCGUUGGGAAGGGAUCCCGUUUGUACUGGUCGGUGGUAAGAGGUUGGAUGAACGGUCAAGUUUUAUUAGAAUCAUAUUUAAACAGAACAGAGUCUGUGUUAGUCAAUGUGCAGACAGUUCGGGAGGCUGUAGAACUGAACAGCUUGUGUUUCAGCUUGGGCACGGUGCUUUGAAAACUCCAGCCAUCCUCGUCUCAAAAUCGCUGGGCAUUCCAGUAUGGCCAUCUGUCUUAAAGGAGGCAGAUUUUAAUCAUAUUGAUACAGUAUUUGGUGACACAGUAUCAAAUCUGUUUAUAGCAACACCAGUCAGUGAUCCUGAUGCUUAUGCUGUUCUAAUUGAAGACAUACUGUCUGGAAGAAAGGACAGGUUUGUUGGAAGCAAACAUUUGUCAGCAUUGUGGGAUAUAUGGAGUGAAGUCAUCACGCAGACAGACACAAGGAAACCUAAAAUAUAUGAGGCAGGGGAUGAAGCAAGGAUCUUAGAUUUUAUUAUCACGGGUUCCAUGAUGGUUUUCACUGACAAAAUUGAGCAAGUGGUGGAAAGAGAUUUUGAGGAUGACCAAAGACAAACUCCAACAACCUUUCUUGGUUACAAACUAGUCACCAAUACAGCAGCUUAUAUUGUUAGUAUGCUCGCAGAGGAUAUUGCUAAGAAAGUGCAGUCAACUCUUAAUCAUAGCUGGAAUUUUCACAUUGCCUUUUCAGGAGGCGACAGCCCAAAACGUCUAUUUCACGUCCUGGCUCAGCAGUUCGCUCAUCUUCCAUGGAAGAGAAUCCACGUGUGGCAGAUGGACGAACGAUGCGUACCAUUCACGGAUUUCCAGUCCAAUUUCUACCAUCUUCAGGACCUGUUUCUCAGUUUUGUUCCAAUCCCUCAUGAAAACGUCCACCCAAUGCCAGUAGACAUCAACGGCAAACUGUGUGCUACCAGAGAUUCAGGGCGGAUCUCGUAUGGAGAGUCGCUGAAAUACCAUCUUCCUGACCUGAGCUUUGAUUAUAGUGUCCUCGGCCUUGGCAGCGAUGGUCACACAGCAUCGCUUUUCCCAAACUCCCCAGCUCUGUCUACAGACAUGAAGGUUGUGCUUACUGAAAAUACGUCCGAUCAUUUCAGUCGCAGGAUGACACUGACCUUUCCUGUCAUAAACAACUCAAAGCAUAUUUCUGUGUUGGUCACAGGCAAAGAGAAAUCAAAUAUUUUAAAGCAGCUGGAGGAGUCGGAAGGGUCAGUAUCAGAUUUCCCCAUACUGGGAGUAAAUCCAGCCGGCGGAAGUCUAGUCUGGUACAUUGACGGCGAGGCAUUGCCUGAAUUGUAGGUUAUGUUUGGGACACAUCAUUACGUGGCGUGGCGUAGUAACACGUCGUGUUGUGUAAUCCUUGUCAAAAAGUGUCAAACUCUUCGCAACGUUAUUCGGAGUCCCCGUACGCUGUAUGGAGACUUUGCUUAUAACAUUUUGAAGUCAAAACUCACGACCUCAGCCGUGCCCAUUUUCUGUCAAAUUACACGCUGCUAACACUACGCUUCGUCCCGACUACGGUAUGUUUGUCUCCGGCAUUACAGUCUACUCGCAAUAAGCGUAUUCACGAGGGCGAGAAAUCGUGGACGCUCGCAGUCAAUACAGUUUAAUGUAUACUGAAAGGAUAAAGAGUGCCCUUGGGUGAUUUUUCUCAUGGACACACAAAUACUGGUGAUCAAAUAUAUCGUAUUUUCAAAUAUUAAUUAGAUAAGACGCUGAUAACGACGGGUUGUAUUUUUAUACUUUAACCUAUUAUAUAUAUUUUCGUUCUUUCUUUCUUUCUUGUUAUCGGGUUGUAUGUGUGUGUAUUUAUGUUGCGAGUAGGGGUGGGGUAAGUGCGUGCGCAUGCGUGCGCCCGCGUUUUCAAUUAUUAUUGAUUGAAAACCAUCUGAAUCGAUGUUUUCAUGGAAUGAUGGUAUUGUUCGCAGUGUCAUCGCCUUUCAACAUCCAGUGUUUAGCUUCGUUACGAUCACAUUCCCUCCUCGAUGUUUUUCAUGCGAUGUAUUCCAAUCCCGUUUGCAACAUAAAUGUUUAAAUGUUAUAUUCUGUGAAACCGACUUGCAGCCUUCAAACUAUAUGUAACUUUGUUUUCUUUUUAAAAGUUUAUUUUUUUACGAAUUGAUUAAACGAUUGUUUGUUUCAUGUUUAAUUAUCAGUCUGACGGUCUACCUUUAUUUGUGUGUGGUAAAGAGGCAUUACAUCCUUAGACAAAAUGGAUACUUGUUCGUAGAUUUUUUCCGGGGUUGGGGGGGGGGGGGGGGCAAAUUGUCCAUGACACCAACCCCCCUCUAGUUACGAUCGUGCAUUGCGUUUUUAAGGGACUUCCCCGAGUUUGCUGCUAUUACAACACGUUUCUGAUUUAUAGUCGUUUUAACGUCUAAAAUUACAUAUGAAGUACGUUGUUAGUCCAAAACUCGGGACACACUCUUGUCAUAUAUCUUGGUUAAUCGUUCCACAUUUAGUGAUGCUAAGAGAUAGUGUAAAAUAGGAAAGUAGGUCAUACGUUUAUCAUUCACGAAUAUAUCUGAGCCUUGGUAAAGUGUCACACGUGUUCUUCACAGGUAAUGUUUGACCUAUAAACGUGUACUGUAUUUUAUACUUGUACUUACCUUUGUUUGAUACACAGUGGCCGAGGUAUUUUUCCUAAGACGUUCACCCAACCAUUCAUUCCUUUGUAUCCGUUUAUUCAUUCAGGUAUUCUUGUAUGUUUUUCUUCAUGUUGAAAAACUAACUUUACAUAUCCUCCUAUGUACAUACAAUACAUGUUUGUGAAAACUAA